ACACGAGAAAAUGGAAUGUCAAGCAGAAGCAGCAGCUUUGUUGCCUUCGUUCAGCGAGCUGACGUCGGCAGGAGUCGUCGGGCGUGACCGCCAUGGAUCACCGUCAGAUGGCAGCACUGAUGGGUCUCAGCAAUCGCAGUUGUCGUCAACUUCGGAAUCUUCAGCCGAAUUGAGUAAAGAGCUCCGCUUGUCCUCGGCACACGCCAUGAUUUUCCUCUCACAACAGAAACGCGAUUCCCUCCAACCUGACGAGCUAUCCGCCCACGAAAGUGGGCCCACCUGCCUUCCAGCUGAUUCAGAUCACCUGAUGCUCAUCCAGCUCCAAGAUUCACCACACGGCGAGUACGAAACGAGCAAUGCGGCCAGCAGCAACGCGGCCCUCAGUCCAUCACCUCUCAUGGAUCCUAUCGUCAUUGUUCCAUCCAUGUCUGGCCAAUCAUCGGCCAGCUCUUUACCACCUGGAACGAGCUCGGCUUCGGGACGACACGACCUGCCCGAUACGAAAGAAGGCAUCGAAGAAUUGUGUCCGGUUUGCGGCGAUAAAGUCUCUGGCUAUCAUUACGGUCUGCUCACCUGCGAAUCGUGCAAGGGAUUCUUCAAACGGACCGUUCAGAACAAAAAAGCCUAUUCUUGCGUCGCUGAUCGAUCCUGCCACAUUGACAAAUCACAACGCAAGAGGUGCCCUUAUUGCCGAUUCCAAAAGUGCCUUGAAGUCGGCAUGAAACUUGAAGCUGUGAGAGCGGACCGAAUGCGUGGCGGUCGGAAUAAAUUUGGACCCAUGUACAAACGAGAUCGAGCGCGUAAAUUGCAGGUGAUGCGUGAAAGACAAUUGACGACGCCUCGAGGUAGCAACGGUGGAGGUAGCAAUCCGUCACCCAACAACAGCAACAGCGGAGCAGGGCAGUCUGGAAUGUACACGGACAUGGGCUAUUCUCCGUCCGGCAGCAGCGUCUACGGUGGUGGCAGCAGUGGCGGUGGUGUCAAGCACGAAAUUCAAAUUGCCCAAGUUUCUUCGUUGACAUCCAGUCCCGAUUCCAGCCCGAGUCCACUUGCCGCAUCACUCGGCUAUCCAGGACCUUCUGGCCAGCCGUUGGGCUCGUUGAACGGUUCUACGGGACCAUCCGGAUCAGGCGGCCCGCACAAUAACAAUAAUACAAAUAACCACAAUAAUAAUAACAUGGGCACGACAUCGGGAGCGGGACCCUCUCAUCCGCACACACCUUCUCCAAAUAAUCACCCGUCCGGCGGAGGAGGAGGAGGAGGCGCUCCUACACCCCAACAGCAUUCCUCCACUUCAUCCGUCUCACCGAAAUCCUUCCAUUUUGAGGGACUGUUGACUGGUAACACAAUGCUGGGUAAUAACAACGUUCCCAAUGUCGGAGCCGGAUCAGUUAGCGGAGCUAAAGUUCCGCCAUUGAUCCGCGAAUUUGUCCAGUCUCUUGACGAUAAAGAAUGGCAAAGCGCUUUGUUUGGUCUUCUUCAGAGUCAAACCUACAAUCAAUGUGAAGUGGAUUUGUUUGAACUGCUGUGUAAGGUGCUGGACCAAAACCUCUUUACCCAAGUGGACUGGGCACGCAAUUCCUAUUAUUUCAAGGAUCUAAAGGUUGAUGAUCAAAUGAAGCUGCUCCAGCACGCCUGGUCGGAUUUGUUAAUUUUGGAUCAUUUGCAUCAACGGUUGCACAAUCACCUGCCUGACGAAUCGUCACUGCCUAACGGACAGAAAUUCGACCUUUUAUCGCUAUCGCUACUCGGUUGUCCAUCACUGGCCGAACCCCUUCACGACGUUACUGCCCGGCUCACUGAAAUACGUUUCGACGUGCCCGACUACGUCUGCCUCAAAUUUCUCAUGCUCCUCAAUUCAGAUGUCAAGGGAUUGAUGAAUCGACGCCACGUGGUGGAAGCGCAGGAGCAAGUCCAACAAGCUCUUUUUGAUUACACACUUAACUGCUACACUCAUAUCCCUGACAAGUUUGCUAAAAUGCUGGCGAUCUUACCGGACAUUCACGCCAUGUCGUCCCGCGGCGAAGAGUAUCUCUAUUUCAAGCAUCUCAACGGCUGUGCGCCGACACAAACAUUACUCAUGGAAAUGCUUCACGCCAAGCGGAAAUGACGAGAGGCAUUUUAAACAAAAAACCAUCGCCAGAUAUGAGAAUGUGAGUGUGAUUGAAUGUGUGUGAGUGCGUGUCUCUCUCGAAUGAAAUUCGGAGAUAUUGGGAGAAACUAUUAAAAAAACAAAA